AUGCUCAGCGCCAAAGCUAAGGGGAAGCAGAAAGCCAUAGAGCCAGAUGCGGCGAAAGAGCGUGCAUCGUCACCGUGCACGCUGGUUGUGCGCUUCACCGAAGGGGACCCCGACCUCCGUCUCGAGGCGACUGAGCAGGAGACUAUACGUGAUGCUAAGCCACACCUCCGAGGCCGCAGGCUGCGCCUUAUCCAUCAGGGACGCCUACUUCCAGAUACGACACCAGUCCAUAAUUGGUUAUCUUCGACAGAGAGCAGACACCACACAGAAACCUCCAACGAGCCGACUUCAGAUGAUUCUCCGUUCUCUGCUCCGACCACUUGGGUUCAUUGCUCCAUUGGACCUGUAUUGAGCGAGGGAGAGGAAGAUCAAGAAAAGGAUACGCAGACCGCACAAAUCAAGCCGUUGAGGGGCUUCGACCGUUUGGCCGCCGCGGGCUUUUCGGAAUCAGACAUACAGAGCAUACGAAGGCAGUUUCAUAGCCAAUCUACAGACAAUUAUCUCGAUUCUGGGUUCGAGAACGAUGACGAUUAUGAAGAGCGUGCACGUGUACUAGAAGAGCAGUGGAUAGAUUCUAUGGAUACAGGUGGAAGCGCAGCUCUAUCCGAUUAUUCCCCAACAGCGAUAGUUACUGGCGCUGUCAUGGGUUUCUUCUUCCCGCUUCUUCCUUUCUUCUUCUUCAGCGAGGCACGGCCCGCGGUAUUUUGGGAAGACGGAUCAGAGCAACCAGCCCCUCGGAGUGCAAUAUUUUCGUGCGUUGUCAUGGCUCGCAUAUCGCCGAUCUAUCUAAUGGACAACGUUUCUUUUUCAGAAAGCGCAUGCAGAUGA